AACUGAAAGCUCUGCAAGCCUCUCUAGGCUUGGGAGAGCAGGAGACUUGUCUCUCAUUUUUCCUUUUCUGACAGAGAUUUUGCUCUCAAAGCAAGGAGAGGCAGAAAAUGGAUAGGUUCCGUAAGGCAUUAGAUUUCUGCAUCCGCCACCAGACCACUCUGAGUUACAGCAUCGUGUCCCUGCUGACGGCUGGCAGUGAGCACAUCUUCUCAUCUGUGGUGUUCAAGUGUCCCUGCAACUCUGGGAACAUGCUGUAUGGUUCUUCCUUCCUUUUAGCACCUGCCUUCGUCCUCUUGCUGCUCGGCUACAUGGUGAGUGCCAGGACAUGGCGCCUGUUUACAGGCACGUGCUCUCCAGAGAAACAUUUCCAGCGCAGUCCCUGGGGAGCCUGUGCCAGCUUCUGCCAGCUGUUGGUGCUGAUGACAGCCAAAGCCUCGGUGGCCCCGCUCACCUGGAUAGCGGUGGCUCUGCUUGGAGCCGACUUCUACGAGUGUGCGGCCAGCGGGAGCAACAUGACAGCAAGCCUCUUGCAUAAAUUUAAUGGAAAUUACACCCAAGAAAUGCUGUUCAAAAUGCCCUGCAAUAAGGAGUUAUCAGCAAAGAUAUCAAGUGAAUGGGUCAGCCUUCAGGCUCAGUCCCAGCUGAUAGGAUGGUUCCUGAUAGCCAGCAUCGUGACUGUGUCACUGAUUUCAACAUGUGUCACCCGCUGUUGCUCCCCAGUCAGCUAUCUUCAGCUCAAGUUCUGGAAAAUUUACUCAAAAAAAGAACAGGAACUCUUCGAGAUCAAAGCCAAAGAGCAUGCAACCAAGCUAGCAGAAAGAAAUACAAAUUGCUUUUUUGAAGCCACUGACCCAGCACCAUUUCAUACUCCCAGCAACGAAGACUGGCAGAAGAUUUCAAUCUUGUAUACCUUUAAUUCACAAGAGCAGUAUUACAGCAUGAUACACAAGUACGUGAGCACCAAUAGAGGCAGCAGUGCCAAAUUCAAUGAAGAAGGUCAGGAUCUCAGUGUUUUAGCAUUUGUGGAUGAAACCCACACAAGUGUGUCAGGGUUGUAGUGAAGCAAAUCCUUUGCAAUGUUGGCAGUCUUUUUAGCCCUACUGAUAUAAGAAGAGUCUUAUUCUCUGCUCUUACUGAAAUCUAUGCAAACAAAGUGAAAGCUGAUAGUUGUAAUCAGUAGAUUUGCUUUUCAAUACAUUUUAAUCCUUUUGCUUUAGUACAUUUAAGUGGGAGUUUUCUUAUGUUGUUGUCCAUUAAGAAGAGUUGUAUAAAAUAAUCAGAAUCCACAAGAUGUCAUCAUGUACUGUGUCAAAUUAUUACUGAUAUCUUAAAAGAACUUGGCAGGUGGAGUGACAAUACCAAACCUUAUCAAAGAGACAAAAGGAGUGGAAGAUUUGAUCAGAAAUUCGGCUCAGUUUAUUAGCUCUCUCUUUACAUUGAAGCCUUCAGAGAAGCUUAGAGCAAGCUGUAGAUUAAUGAGGGGUUAGGCUCAUGCAUAACAUGGCGGUGUAGGUGAAGCUUCUGUAUUAACAAACAUUAAAAGCACAUUCAUACAUUUAAGGACAUUAAAAAUCUGCAAUCCAUAUACACAAGUAGUAAUAAUCUUAUCAAAGAACAUCUUAUAAGAAAUAAAGAUACAAGUUUUGAAUUAAUAAUAAUAAAGUUCACUUUUCUUCUGAAAA